AAUCACUCCACCCCCAAUUGAACGUUACCAUGACGCGCUUUCGUCCUUGUAUAGAUCUGCACGCCGGCAGCGUCAAACAAAUUGUCGGCGGCACCCUCAACACCACAACACCUGACAUCCUCCAAACAAACUGGACAUCCUCGCACCCUUCAGCCUUCUACGCAGACCUCUACAAAAAACACGCCCUAACCGGCGCACACGUAAUAAUGCUGGGUCCUGGAAACGACGCCGCAGCCCAAGAAGCGCUGGCAGCAUGGCCAGGCGGCAUGCAAGUAGGCGGCGGCAUUACCGACAAGAAUGCAGCCGAGUGGAUAGCCCGAGGAGCGGAGAAGGUAAUAAUAACCUCAUACCUCUUCCCCGACUCAACCUUCUCGCAAGACCGCCUCCGUGCCGUCCUCGCCGCCCUAGACAGCGACGUACAGAAACUCGUCGUCGAUCUGUCGUGUCGCAGGAAAGACGAGAAAUGGUUCGUGGCGACGAAUAAGUGGCAGACAAUUACCGAUUUUGAGUUGAAUAAAGACUCCAUAGCCCUCCUGGAACCACACUGCAGCGAAUUCCUCAUCCACGCCGCCGACGUCGAAGGUCUCCAGCGCGGCAUCGAUCAUGAGUUAGUUGAGAAACUGGCGGAGUGGUGUAGCAUACCCGUCACAUACGCAGGUGGUGGUCGCUCAAUCGAGGACCUAGAGUUGGUUAAGAAGCUGAGCAAAGGCAAGGUGGAUCUCACCAUUGGCAGUGCCCUAGACAUUUUCGGUGGUUCAGCCGUCAAGUUUGAAGAAUGUGUAAAGUGGAAUGCUGAGCAAUCAUAA